AUGGUGGCACCAAAAGACAAUAACUUUUACAGCAUGGUCACUGUACGUUAUGGUGUUGAAUGCACGGUUAUGAUGAAGUCAUGGGUCGGCAAAAUCAAGAUUGUUAAUUGCAAUCAACAAUUGAGAUUUUUAUUACAAUGCAGACGUCAUGAAGUAUUACCACCACAUAUUGAGAACAUGAGAAUCGACAUUGGAUUUAGCAACUUUCACGUUAAACAUAAGUUCUUGAUACUGAAAUCGCGUAUGAAGCGGAAUAUUUUGAAUUUUAAAAUUAGGGAUAUUAAUUUUGCCCUAAGAUCUUUAAAGUCUGAACUGAUGUAUAUCGAAGAUCGAUUACUCACAAAACUUCCUGUCGAUUUGGUUGUGGAAUUUUUCAAUUUUAGUAAAAGUAAAAUUUCGAGGCAUAAUUAUCAUGUUAAAACAAAGUUAAGUAAAAAAUAUGAUCUUUUAAUUAACAGACAGAACACUCCAUAUAGUUCGUUCCUGAAUUUUGAUCACAAAAAAUGGAUUGUUAAUAUUAGUGGAAAGGACAUUCCUGAUAAUGUUCUACAUUUCCUAAGUUUGGGUGACAAAUUUGACUUACCUCUUGACCAAAGUGUAGAAAGAGACCGUCGAUUAUUCAAUUUGGAGGUAAUAAAAAAUUUUGAAAGUAAUUGUUACAAGGUUGAUCAGAAGAUUUUACAAGACACCCGAAACCGUAUUGCUUGGUCACUUAAUAGAUUUACACGUAACACUUGCCACCUUAAAUUUAUAGACAGACACAUUCUUAAAGAGUUUUAUAAAUGCAAGAAGUUUUUAUCUGACAACAAUGAUGUGUUUGUUACUAGAGCCGAUAAAAGGCAAGUAACUGUAGUCAUAAGUAAACAGGAAUACAUAGGACAAAUAACUGAACUGUUGAAUGACCAAACAACAUAUAAAGAAUUGAAGAGGAAUCCAUUAAAAAGGAUUGCCACCAGAUUGAAUAAUUUAGUAAAAUCGUGGAGGGACAAUGAUAUAAUUAGUGAAGCUACUUAUAAUUUACUGAACUGCACUAGUGGUAAUACACCGAGGUGUUAUGGGUUACCCAAAAUCCAUAAACAGGGUAACCCUUUGCGCAUCAUUGUCUCUACUAUUGGAAGUCCUUUAUAUGGGGUGGUUACCUUUCUACAUGAUAUUCUAAAAAGAAAAAUCCCGCAACCAAAAUCUUACGUAAAGGACAGCUGGUCCUUUGUAUCUUUAAUCACUGGUAAAGAAAUCAAAUCGAACGAAGUAAUGAUUAGGGGUUUAGUAGGUUAG